AUUUUCACUCUACUGUGAGUACUAAGGCUGUGAGUGACAAACACGCUAAAGCAGCAUGGCUGACGCCGGUCUUGUAGAAACACUUCUUCGGUGUGUGGAAAAGGCAGAUGGUGGCCUAGACAGUCAGGAUGUUGCGACGAGUCUUGGGGUGGACCACCAAGCCAUCGUAGGGGCUGUGAAGAGUCUUCAGGCACUCGGUGAUGUGAUAUCAGCUGAGCAACGCUCCUCAAAGCACUGGGAACUGACUGGGGAAGGCUGUGAGAUUGCAGAACAGGGAAGUCACGAGGCCAGGGUUUUCAGCUCCAUCCCAGAUGAAGGGAUGCCUCAGGGCCAGCUUAUGAAACUCGCCUUUGGGAAGGUGGGUUUCAGCAAAGCCAUGUCCAACAAAUGGAUUCGUCUGGAUAAAGGCCAUGAGGGUGGCCCCAGGGUUUUCAGGACUGUGGAGAACAUAGAGGACUCUGUGAGGGAUAAGUUACUCGUCGUGCAGAAAGGACAGUCAUCCCAGCUGGAAGAGAAGGAGAAGAGUGAGCUGAAGAAACGCAAACUGCUGUCUGAAGUGACUGUCAAGUCAUACUGGAUCACAAAGGGCAGCCUUUUCAGCACCACCAUCACCAAGCAGGAGACAGAGCUCACCCCAGAAAUGAUCGCCAGUGGGAGCUGGAAGGAGAAGAAAUUCAAGCCCUAUAACUUUGAGGCCAUGGGUGUAGCCCCAGACUGUGGCCAUCUGCAUCCACUCAUGAAGGUCCGUACACAGUUCAGACAGAUCUUCCUGGAGAUGGGCUUCACUGAAAUGCCCACUAACAACUUCAUUGAGAGUUCCUUCUGGAACUUUGACUCCCUGUUUCAGCCACAGCAGCACCCAGCCAGAGACCAGCACGACACCUUCUUCCUGUCUGACCCAGCUCAGGCCCAUGAAUUUCCUCUGGACUACCUGGAGAGAGUGAGAAAGGUCCAUUCAGAGGGAGGCUUUGGAUCUCAGGGGUACAAGUAUGACUGGAAGAUUGAGGAGGCUCAGAAGAAUAUCCUUCGUACUCACACCACAGCAGUUAGCGCUCGCAUGCUGUACAAACUCGCACAGAAGGAAAAGUUCACCCCUGUGAAGUACUUUUCCAUUGACAGAGUGUUCCGUAAUGAAACUCUGGAUGCCACGCACCUGGCUGAGUUUCACCAGAUUGAGGGAGUGGUGGCCGACUAUGGCCUUACCCUGGGUGACCUAAUGGGCAUCCUACAUCAGUUCUUCACUAAACUAGGAAUCACCAAAUUGCGCUUUAAACCGGCUUACAAUCCAUACACUGAGCCUAGCAUGGAGGUGUUCAGCUAUCAUGAAGGGCUGAAGAAGUGGGUAGAGGUGGGUAACUCCGGGGUGUUCAGGCCAGAGAUGCUGCUCCCGAUGGGGCUCCCCGAAGGGGUUACAGUAAUCGCCUGGGGGCUGUCUUUAGAGAGACCCACCAUGAUCAAGUAUGGCAUCAACAAUAUCCGUGAGCUGGUGGGACACAAAGUUAACCUACAGAUGGUCUACGACAGCCCGGUUUGUCGACUGGACGCUUAGAUUCUGUUCAGGCAUCUUCUUGGACAUGCUUCACCAUACACAUCCCAGGCCAGUCACAUCAGGACCCAUUUUCUUUUGUGUAACCAUGUGGACUCACUGAACAAUCCCAUUAUUAACCCUUAAUCUAGCCCGGUCAGAGGCUGCCAGGGGGAACAGAUCGGACUUUAGGAAAGGGAGUUUUAAAGGAAAUGGUGAGGGAGGGAAACAGGACAUACUUUUCUCCUUCUGCUUUGGUUAUGGUUUUAGAUGGAUUAUUGCCGUUGUUAAGCCAUGUGAUUCACAGUUUAUAUAUUGAAACCUGAUUGAUGACACUGUUACGACUCAUCUUUGGUCCUAAUCUGCAUCUCUGUAUGAGCGGUUGUGUUUUGCCGAAAUAUGGCCCUACAUCAGAUAAUUAUUGGUGAACUUCCCAAAUUUUUACAUUUGAUCUUAAUUUCGCUCUUCUGGGCUUGUAGGUGAUGCCCAACCCAGUUUUUGGUUAGUUUUUUUUUCUUUUCUUUUUAUUUUACAGAGAAAAUCUGUUGUAAAAUUACUAUGGUGUCUGCUGUAGAUGACAGCAGACAGUUUUAAGAAAAUAUUAUAAAAUGCUCCAAAUGAUGCAUCAGAAUCUUAUUCUGUAUAGUGACUAAAUAAAAACGUCCAGCAUUGUAUAAUGUUUUUUAUCACAUUUUCAUAUUGUAUAACACAUUUUCAUAUUAUAUUGUAGUAGUCAAUCAUUAUAAUCAACUACAAGCCCAGAAAGAGUAAUAAUUAAGCCACAUGUAAAAAUGGUGUACUACCCUUUUUCAAGGAAUUCUACCACUGAGUAUAUUUAUUUAAACAUUAGAAAACAACAGUACCUUUGAGACUCCCAUGUAAUGAAGUGCUUGUACAGUAAAGAUGUUAACUUGAAGCUCUAUAGAUCUCCAUACAAAACCAACCAACAUUGUGCUCUAUCCAGUCAGUAAUGAGACUAAUUAGAAAUGUUCAAAUAAAUAUGUUAUAAUGUA